UGAAAGUUGACUGCAUGCGGAAUUAGCACGAAGCAGCUUCUCAGGUUUUAAUGGUUGUUUGGAUGACUUCUGUCCACUAAUGUUUUCUUCACCUUAGCGAACUACAGCAAGAUUGUCGCUGCAUUUUUUUUUUACCAUCAAACGGCCAACUGAUGUUUGCUGUCCCUCCUGUCUGCUACAAUGACCACCAUCGUCCACGACACAACAGAGGCAGUGUGUCUGUCCGAUAAGUACAACUUGUACCUCAAACCCAUUGCAAAAAUGACCGUCAGCGUGGCUUUGCCCCAACUCAAGCUGCCAGGCAAGAGCAUCUCCAACUGGGAAGUGAUGGAGCGAGUGAAGGCCAUGGUCGCCCCGGAGCUAUUUUCAGCCCUGCGAAUCUCCAAGAGCACCAUGGAUUUCAUCCGUUUUGAAGGAGAGGUAGAAAACAAAAUGGUGGUAAAGAGCCUGCUAGGGCGUUUGGAUGGAAAAACGAUCAAACUAAGUGGAUUCACUGAUGUACUCAAGGUUCGUGCGGUAGAAAAUAAGAUGGACUUUCCCACACGUCACGACUGGGAUUCUUUUUUCCGUGAUGCCAAGGACAUGAAUGAGACUCUGCCAGGCGAGAGGCCUGACACCAUCCACCUGGAAGGACUUCCGUGCCGCUGGUUCAGCCAGAAAGACAGCCAAUACCCAGACCGGCCCUCAGAAGAGGCUCUUACAGCCGUUUUCCAGGCAUUUGGCAAGGUGCGGAAUGUUGAUAUUCCCAUGCUGGACCCAUACAGGGAGGAGAUGCUUGACAAGAACUUCAGUACAUUCAGCUUUGGUGGUCACCUGAACUUUGAGGCUUAUGUACAGUAUCAGGAAUACUGUGGCUUCACAAAGGCCAUGGACACUAUGCGAGGCAUGAAGCUGAUGCUGAAAGGAGAGGAUGGAAAGGCGGUGGCGUGCAACAUUAAGGUGACCUUUGACACAAGCAAGCACCUGAGCGAGCUGUCCAUUAAGAGGAGGAGCCUUGAGAGGCUGAAGCUGCAGGAGUUGGAGAAACAAAGAGAGGAGCAGAAACGGCGGGAGAAAGAGGAGGAGGAGCGGCGAAAAGAGGAGGAGAGGAAACAAAGGGAGAAAGAAGAAGAGGAGAAGGAGAGGCGGAAAGAGGAAAGAAUACGGAAGCGAGAGCAGAAGCUGCGGGAGAAAGAAGAGAAGAAGAAUCUGAAGAAGGUGAGGCGGCAGCAGGAGGAGGAGCAGAAAAAGCUGCAGAUGAAGAUCGCCAUGGAAGAGAGGAGGCUGCUGCUAGCUCAGCGAAAUCUGGAAUCAAUACGGCUGAUUGCUGAGCUUCUGGCCCGAGCAAAGACUAUGAAGCAGCAGCAAGAGGAAAAAGAGAAGGCCGAACGCGAGGAGCUGGAGAGGCAGGAGCAGGCUCGACAGAAGGAGGAACUAGCCCGUCUUCAGCAGCUGGAGGCCUGUCGGCGCAAGCAGGAGGAGGAGCUGCGCAGGGUGGAGACGGAGAAACAGCGAGCUCUGGAGCUCCAACGCAAAGAGAGGGAGCUGAGGGAGAAGCUGCUGUGCAACCUGAUUAAGAAAAGCAGCGGGAAAUGUACUGGAGAAGCAGGAACUCAGGACCAGGUUGAACCUAUAGCGGAAGAAGCAGCUUCUCCUGGAGAUGUGAUGCUGGAGGUUCUGGGUCUGAAUGAGGUAAAAACACCCGAUAACAAAGAAAAGCAGGCAUCUAAAUCCAGCGCGCGCCCGGUGGAGAGGAGAGCAAGGGAGCAUCGGAGGGAGGAAAGGGUUGAGAGCAGGCACAGUAGGGAACGAGCAAGGGGUCACUCCCACAGAGAGAGGAACUCGCACAGUCAGGGGAGAAGGAGGCACUCCCCGAGCCACAGCAGAAGGAGGACCACAAGCCGCGGACGGAGGCGUCACAGGAGGAGUGGCAGUUACCACGAGAGCAGGAGGCGCAGCCACGGCGCCAGCAGCUCCAGCUCCGACCGGAGCCGCAGCAGCAGGGGGAGGAGCUACAGCAGGGGGAGGAGCCACAAGCGAAGCCACCACCGAAACGGCAGACAUUGUUCCAGGAGCAGCAAUAAAAGUCCAAACCACAGGAGCCACAGGAGCCACAGCCGCCGGUACCGGAGGCAUAGCACCAGCAGGGAUCGCAGCCACUCCAGGAGGCGCUAGACAUGAAGGCUGGGGGGGUUUGGUCAACUAGAUCCGUUAUUCUGUCUUUCCACUCACACAACGUACACAAAACCACUUCUGGUCAUAAAGUGUUACGUUUUUUUUUCUCCAUUUUCUCCCCUCAAGUUGCAGUAUGUGAAAGUUUCAGUUUUCUACUUUCCAUACUUCCAAGUUCCUUGGAUAACAUAACGGCUUAUGGUUUGAUUUGACUUGAAUUUAUCUCUGCGUCAAAGUUUGCCCCAGUAUAUAUAUAUUUUCACCAAAACAUUAUUUGUGAUAGAACUACUACGCUAUUACAAAUACUUUCUCUGCUGUUAGAAAAUCAGGAGUCCUUACCAAUUACAAGAAGCAGAAAUAAUUCUCAAAUUGUCAUUUGUUUUGCUCCAGAUACAGGCUCAAAAAAGGCUAAUAAAACUUAACAAUGUGCGAUAUUUGUGGCGAUCAUGGUGUAACUUGUUGAAUAAUUUGAACUCUAAGUAUUGCUGCUUGAAAUCCUGAUUCAGUGUGGUGAACAUGAGUCAGCAUAUUGUGAACUCGUACUUGUUCUGAAUAUGUGAACUUAAAAAACAAAGGUUUGUCUCUGUUGUGACCUGAUAAUCUGAUUUUUGGGGUUCGUGUCAAAGAGCAAAGGUGAAAGAUCAGUGUUUCAGUCACAUGUUGGGAUGUGUAUUUUUUUAAAUUUAGUUAGAGGCUGUAGAAUUUCUUUUAGCUGUAUUUGUUUUGGGGAUGUUUAAUCUUCUUCCGUUGACAUUUCCACACCUACGUUGUGAUUUGUGCCUGUCGGGGCAAAGACGUUUGUUCUGCAUUUGCUCUGCUGGAGCAUGUCGAGUUUUGGCUGCAAGUUGCUCAAAUUAAAAAGUUCAACCUGAUGACCUUCUCUUUUUUUUCAAAAUUUUAAUGCUUUUUUUCUUGCUCUCCAAAAUCUCUUAAAGUUUAAAGAAAAAGGAUUAAUAUAACAAUGCCCCUCACCACAUUUUGGGAACCUUUUUUAUAUGCAGCAAUAGACUUUGGCCAUAAUUGCAAAGAGAUCUUAGAUAAUAUUUCUUAAGUUGUGUAGUUAGUUGAAUCUGAUUGUUGGGCAUGAGCCUAUGAAUAAUUAGGUGUGGCAGAAGACACUUACCUCAGGAUGUACCUGCGCUGUCUGCUCUCAUUUGAAAAUACUGUAAAUAAAUUCAAACUUGCGG